AUGCCCCAGGCCAACUUUUACGGCAGCCACUCCCUGGCGGAGGACACGGAGGUGGGACACACGGUGGUCGUUCUGAGGGCAACCGACGACGACGAAGCUGAGAGCGGCAGUUCUCGGAUCGAGUUCAUCAUUUCAGAAGGAAACAAAGACGGAAUCUUCACUGUCGAGACCGAAGGGAAUGGAGUCGGCAAACUGGUCAUUGCAAAGCCUCUGGACUUUGAGACAUCUUCCUCCUACAAGCUGAAGAUCGAUGCUCGGAACCCGGAGCCCCUGAAGAAGGGUCUGGAGUACAGCAGCGACUCGUCCACCUUGGUCCAGCUGUCGGUCAGUGAUGUGGACGAGGCCCCAGAGUUCAGCCUGGACAUCCUGGAUGUGACUGUUUAUGAAGACCAGCCCAAAGGAACCGUGCUGCUCAAAGUGGAGGCCAAGGACCCAGAGGGGAAAGACAUCAGUUUUAAGUUGGACGGAGAUGCCCAGGACUGGCUGGAAGUGGAUAGUGCCACUGGAGAAAUCAGGACCAAAGGAAAACUGGACCGAGAAACACUGGAGACUUUCUCAGUCACAGUGACUGCCUUUGAGAACGAUAACCCUGAGAAGUCUACAGAGCGAGAGCUGUCUGUGCGCCUCCUGGACGUCAACGACAACCACCCCAAGCUGACAGAGUCCAAGGCUUUCAUAUGCUACAACAAACCCUCUCCUGUGCUCCUCAAGGCCAAAGACGCCGACGCCCCGCCCUACUCCGAACCCUUCACUUUUGCCUUAUCUCCCCACAAGAAGUCUCCAAACUGGGACCUGAGCCCAGUCGAUGGUACAACAGCCAAACUGUCUCUGAAGAAGAGUCCGACUGAAGAUAAAACCAUCACUCUGUCCAUAAGCAUUAAGGACAAUGCAGGCGUCGGCGUCAACCAGGCUUUUGAAGUGCAAGUGUGUAACUGCACCCAGCUGGGCUACUGCUACGUGGAGCCUGGGAAACACGGCUUUAUGCUGGGGAUGGGGGCCACUAUCGGGAUCCUCGCCGGCGUCAUCGGCUUCUGCAUUCUCGUGUUCGUCAUUGUGAUCCGAAAAAUUGGCAACAAGAAGAAGGGGGCGAAUCCGAACGAUGAGCAGAACGCCAUGAUGAGUUAG